GUACAUGCACACAACAGGAUUAACGCACACUAUCUACAGCAGGCCGCUUACCUUGUCCCAUUCGGGUUCGUGUCAAGAUUGCUGGCAUGACAACAGCCCGCUAGAUCAUACCGGUAUUGCUUGGACCUUAUCUGCUUGGUACAAAUAUCAAACGCGCCGUCAAGGACCGGAAGACUGCACUGAAAGUUUUUUUUCAUGUUUUGCACAGACUGCGACUCUACCAAGGCAUGAACUAACGUUUGAAAACGCUGAUACAAUGCAAUCAAGCAUUGCACAUAGAUCGCUUGCAGCGUGCCCUGUGCAGCGAAAUCGCUUCGUGCCGGCGCGGUGUAAGCUCGCGUCAAACCGGAUCGGGCCCAAGCUGCUUUCAGCCGCAAUCGCAGGCACGCCUGAGCAACCAGCAACCAGCACCUCAACUCCUAGCAGUGAAGCGGGUACAAAGGAUGCCGCGGUGGUGGUGGGGCCAGCGUUGGUUGCAAAGGAGGUCGUCAGCACGAGUGGGCACUCCGACGCUGUGCCAGACCCCAACUUUCCAGAGCUGCCCCUGAGCACCAACCGGGCGGCGGGGACCCAGUACCUGGCUAUUGGGGCAGCCUACGCAGUGGCGGCUGGCGCGGUGGCUGUUGCGGCGCUGCAGGGGCCGCAGCUGCUGCUGGCCUCUCCGGCCGCCGCCGAUCCCUGGUCCUCAGUGCUGCUGGGCUGCGUGGCCGCCACCUACCUGCGGGCGGCGGGCGUGUUCCUGCAGCUCAAGGCUGCCUCUGACGCCGCUGAGCUGCUGUGCUGGCGGCACCAGCGCCUGGCCCUGACCGCGGCGGCCUACGGCAUGGUCGCGGUGCUGACGCAGGCGGCGGGGCUGGCGUCGCCGCAACUGCUGGGGCUGCAGCUACUGCUGUCCGUCGCGUCAGCGGCCGUGGUGGCCAACGUGGCGCGGUCCGCCUGGGCGGUGCGGCCCUUCGUGAGCUCGCUGACAGAGGGCCGCAGCCCGGGCGGCGUGCUGGCUGCCGUGGCGGGCGCCAUGACGGGCUCCGUGUCGACUGUGGCGGGCCUGCUGCUCACCACCACGAUAGUGGUGUCGCUGUACGGGCUCUUCGCCGCCGUGUUCGCGCCCGCGCCCGCGCUGCCGGUGGCCGUGGGCGCCUGGCCCGGCACCGCUGCGGCGGCGGCUGUGAUGGACGGCUCGGCGGCGGGACUGCGGCGGCUGGCGGCCGGCGGGCUGCUGCUGACAGCGGCGGCCUCUCACGGGCUGUUCGACUUCGCUGGCAGCGUGAAGCAGCAGGGCCCCAUUGAUGUGGCGCAGGCGGUGAAGAAGAUGGUGGUCAUGGACAUGGCGGCGCCACGCAUCCGGACGCUCAAGUACUUCCUGCCCAAUCCCACCAUCUACUCCCUCCUCAACCUUGGGUUCGUGGCCGCGGCGGUGCUGCAGUCGUACUUCUUGUACAUCGCACCCGCGUGGGGCGUGAACGUCAACUGGGACACGGCGCUAUGGGGUCCAAUGUACGGCACAGCCUUCCUGGGGCUGGUGUACGGGCUGGUCGCGUUGACCAAGUUUGACUGGUCGUCGGUGGUGGACGCCGUGCUGCGUGUGGCGUGCUGGUUCGCCGAGCUGACGAUGUGGUUCUGGGACACGUUUGUGUGGAAGUUCAGCUGGUCGGAGAAGACACGGCGCGCGUGAGGAGGAGUCGCAACGGUUGAAGGGGUAGGGACCGCCCGUAGGGACUGGUGAACAGGUUUCCUUGGAGUGCGUGGGAUCUGGAUGCGGGCGCUGCGGCCUGCCGAGCAGCCCGUCAUGGAGCCAAGCAGGAGCUGAUAUGUAAUACGCGGGUGUC